GGUGCUCAAUAUAACUCCCUUGAACAUCAGCCCCACCCCAAGUGUUUGGAAGGGACCUGGGUGGAUCUCCUCUACUACAUCCACAAAUUACUAGACAACCAAGAAAAUAAUCAGCUCAUUUGGCUGCAUGGCACAGCAGGCAUCGGAAAGUCUGCUGUUGCAUUCACAGUAGCUGAAAGGAUGAGAGGUCUUAAAGUCACAGAGCAGAUGGAUGUCAGAAUGCAGCUAGGAGGAAUCUCAUGCAAGAACACGAAAUGUUGCAUGGCUGGGUACUUUUUUGUGAUGCUCGUCUACCAGCUUGCCAACAAUUUCCCCAACAUCCGCAAUGAUGUAAACAGAGCUAUCCGUGAGAAUCCUGCUCUGCUAGACCCUGACACACCUCCUUGUGACCAGAUGGAGGUUCUCUUUCUUCAACCUCUCCAGAAACUU